AUGCACUCACCUCCUAGAGAACAGCCUGCCAUCAUGCUCUGGAAACUGGUUGAAAAUGUCAAGUAUGAAGAUAUCUACGAGGACCGGCAUGAUGGAGUGCCCAGCCACAGUUCCAGGCUGUCCCAGCUAUCCGUCUCCCAGGGACCCUACUCCAGCGCUCCUCCGCUCUCUCACACCCCAUCCUCGGAUUUCCAGCCGCCUUAUUUCCCACCCCCCUACCAGCCUCUUCCUUACCACCAAAGCCAGGACCCUUACUCCCAUGUCAAUGACCCCUACUCCCUAAACCCCUUGCAUCAGCCCCAGCAGCACCCCUGGGGACAGAGGCAGAGGCAAGAGGUGGGAUCAGAAGCCGGGUCGCUGCUGCCACAGCCUCCCGCCCUGCCCCAGCUCUCGGGACUGGACCCCCGGCGGGACUACCACUCGGUCAGGAGGCCAGACGUCCUCCUGCACUCAGCUCACCAUGGCCUUGACUCCGGCAUGGGGGACAGCCUUUCCCUGCACGGCAUCGGGCACCCGGUGGAGGAGGUCCAGUCAGUUGAAGAUGCCAAUAACAGCGGUAUGAACUUAUUGGACCAGUCUGUCAUUAAAAAAGUUCCGGUUCCUCCAAAAUCCGUUACUUCUUUGAUGAUGAAUAAAGAUGGCUUCCUGGGUGGAAUUUCAGUCAAUACCGGAGAGGUGUUUUGCUCUGUACCUGGCCGCUUGUCUUUGCUUAGUUCAACUUCAAAGUAUAAAGUAACUGUGGGAGAAGUUCAAAGGCGCCUUUCUCCUCCCGAGUGUCUGAAUGCAUCCCUCCUAGGAGGAGUACUUCGAAGAGCCAAAUCGAAAAACGGGGGGAGAUCUUUGCGAGAAAGGCUAGAAAAAAUCGGUUUGAAUUUACCAGCUGGCAGGCGCAAGGCCGCAAAUGUCACUUUACUCACCUCCCUGGUGGAAGGUGAGGCCGUUCAUUUAGCUCGGGAUUUUGGGUACAUCUGCGAAACGGAGUUCCCAGCCAAAGCUGUUUCUGAGUACCUGAACAGACAGCACACCGACCCCAGCGACCUCCACUCCAGGAAAAACAUGCUGCUUGCUACAAAGCAACUUUGUAAAGAAUUUACGGAUCUCUUGGCCCAGGACAGGACGCCCAUUGGAAACAGCCGGCCCACCCCUAUUUUGGAACCGGGCAUUCAGAGCUGCUUGACUCACUUCAGCCUCAUCACUCACGGCUUUGGGGCCCCUGCUAUCUGCGCUGCCCUCACGGCCCUUCAAAACUACCUGACUGAAGCUCUCAAAGGCAUGGACAAGAUGUUCUUGAACAACAACACUGCUAACAGGCACACAUCUGGCGAAGGACCAGGUAGUAAAACUGGAGACAAGGAAGAGAAACACAGAAAAUGA